AUGGAAUACUCAUUCACAUUAUCUCUCUGCUUCACUCUCUCCAUCUUCUUGAUCGGAGCACAAGCCAAAGUUCCCGUCGACGAUCAAUUCCACGUGGUCAACCAAGGAGGUUACACCGAUUACAGUCCGAUCGAAUACAAUCCCGACGUACGUGGCUUCCAACCUUUCAACGACAACUUCCGUCUCUGUUUCUACAAUACAACCCCAAACGCAUACACUCUCGCUCUACGAAUCGGAAACAGAGCUCAAGAAUCAACUCUCCGAUGGGUCUGGGAAGCUAACCGUGGCUCACCGGUCAAAGAAAACGCCACGUUGACUUUCGGCGAAGACGGAAACCUCGUACUCGCCGAAGCCGACGGUCGUUUGGUAUGGCAAACGAACACUGCUAACAAAGGAGUCGUGGGGAUCAAAAUCUUGGAGAAUGGCAAUAUGGUAAUUUACGAUUCCGCCGGAAAAUUCGUUUGGCAAAGCUUCGAUUCUCCCACCGACACGCUUCUAGUCGGACAAUCACUAAAAGUCAACGGUCGGAACAAGCUCGUGAGUCGAAGAUCUCCAUCGGUCAACACAAACGGACCGUACAGUCUCGUAAUGGAAGCCAAGAAGCUAGUUGUGUACUACACGACGAACAAAACUCCGAAACCAGUCGCUUACUACGAGUACGAGUUCUUCACCAAGAUCACUCAAUUUCAGUCCAUGACGUUCCGAGCCGUAGAAGAUUCCGACACAACUUGGGGUCUAGACAUGGAAGGUGUUGACUCGGGUUCUAAAUUCAACGUUUCAACGUUUCUUUCGCGGCCAAAACAUAACGCAACGUUGAGUUUUAUUCGGUUAGAAUCAGAUGGAAACAUUAGAGUUUGGAGUUAUAGUACGUUAGCGACCUCAACCGCUUGGGACGUUACCUACACGGCGUUUAAAAACGACGAUACUGACGGUAACGACGAGUGUAGAAUCCCAGAACAUUGUUUGGAGUUUGGUUUGUGUAAGAAAGGUCAGUGUAACGCUUGUCCUAGUGACAAAGGUCUUCUUGGUUGGGACGAGACUUGUAAGUCUCCGAGUGUUACCUGCGAUCCCAAAACGUUUCAUUAUUUCAAGAUCGAAGGAGCCGAUAGUUUCAUGACGAAAUAUAAUGGUGGCUCGUCCGCGACGGAGAAAGCUUGUGGAGACAAGUGUACCGGAGAUUGUAAAUGUUUAGGGUUUUUCUAUAAUAGGAAGAGUUCGAAGUGUUGGUUGGGUUAUGAGCUUAAGACAUUGACUAGAACCGGAGAUUCUUCGCUCGUUGCUUAUGUCAAAGCUCCUAAUGCUAACAAGAAGUCAGUUUUUGAGUUAUUGUGA